UCUGGGCAGGGUCAACAUAGAGCCCUCUAGGGACUAGCCUGAGGAUACAGGACACCUGGUGAAGCCGGGCAGCUGUUUCUAGGAAAUGGGUUCCUGACCAAGCUGGAGAAGAACUGGGUUUCUUAUUCAUUAUUGUCUCAGCCCCUGCUGCAACCCGUGGUUAGUUCUCGGGAACCACCAGCUCCUUGCUUUCCUCACUAUGGCUAGUACUAUCCAGUAUCCCCCAGUCACUCUCACAAUGGAAACGCCUGGUUACUACAGGGAUGAGAACCAGAGGCUCUGGUUGGUUGUAGGCCUGGGAUUUACUCUCCACCACCCAUUUAUUAACAAGCACCGAGCCUCCAUCAAAGUCAGGUUGUGUCGGGUGGGCGAAUGCUGCGCAGAACUCCUGUCCCACUUCUUCUCAAGUUUGACGUGUCUCCCCAGUGAGUGGCACACAAAUUCUCUGUUUUCAUACAAUGGGGCAGACUCAAGCUUCUGGAUAAUAGAGGAACAUGUCCAGCUGGAGGACACAGAACACCUGGUCCUAGAGGUGGAGACCGAACUCGGUCUCCAGUCUAGCAGUGCCUCUUGCUGGACUGAGGUCCCAGCUUCAGAGGAUCCGUUUCUGUGAGCCUGGCUUCCUGUGUCCUGAGCCUCCUCCCUUCCUGGGUACAGCUGUGACUUUCUUGCCCCCUUACAGAUUGUCCUUCUAAAGACCUCUUGUCCAUUUGAACCCCUCCCCUGGCCUCCCAGUGCAGCAUGCCCCUCAGGUGACUCUGAUCUGGAGGUGCCUGUGGAGCAGGUAUGGAUGGGGACUCCACGCCCUGUGGAUCUCUGAGCUGCCAAUGCUGGCUGGAAGUUGACCUGGUGCUGGGCAGAGGACUCUGUGCUCCGUGCUUGAAGGCACAAUGGGAUGUGCACAGGGAGCAUCUGGUCACUUCUCCCAAGUUCUCAGGACUUGGUUCCUAGAAAUGAUGCUGACCCUAAUGCCUGGCCAACACUUGUUUUUAACUAAUUAAACUUUACUGCUUUUACUUAAAA